UGUUCUUUCAUUAAAAUUUCCAAUUGCCUUUUUGUAAAUCGACUGGUAUAUUUGCAAAUGGCUUUUGCACCAAAUUUUUUGUUUUGAUUGUAGUUUUUAUUUUCUCGCAUGGCACCCUUGUUUUAUGCUUUUGGAAUGCCUAGAUUUGUGCUGAUAAGAUGGAAUAAAGAAAGAUUGUCAUCAGUUUUCACUACUUUUAAGCUAAUAUUAGUACUCGAUUAAGUGUAUCGAAAAAAAGGAAAACCGUGGUACGUGAAAUGAGCUAAUGAUCUUUUUCAUUAUUGAUUUUUAAAUUGUAAAUAGAUUAUUUAUUUGUUAAUAUAAAUAUCAAUGGGUGUUUGCAUUUUCAAGGGAAACGAAUGUUGAAAAUAUCAAAAAAGGUUCAAAAUUAUAAUGACUUUUAAUUUUUAAUAAAAUUUAUAAACGAGAAGUGUGUGAAUUUCAUUUACAAAUAUUUUUAAAAAAAUUAUAAAUACAAUCAUAAAUAAUAUAUUCAAAUAACUAUAAAAUUAUUUGUGGUUUCACAUUGGUUAAUAAAAUUUGGUGGCUAAUAUCAACCAACACUUGAACUACUAUUAUCAAACAAAGACUAACGUUAAACAAACAAAAGAAGCCAUGCCUUCUAUUCGGGUUGGAUUGAACUUUUUUGUCUUUGGCGGCCUACCCCCCAUGCUUUUAUUGCUUCUUCCUCCACAUAUCACCAUGUAACUUUAACUGUACCCCGUUGAUUAAGUUACAAAACCAGCUUUAUAAAAUAAAAUCUUUGUGCUUUAAACACAACAUUCAUCAUCAUUAGUGCGAAAAUGCAGCUUUUUGUGUUCAUCUCCAAAACCCAAUCUUCUUCUCAUCUCAUGAACUUCAUUUUGAUCUCAUCUUCUGUUUGUGUCACCUAUCUUGUUGUAUCGGUUUUGUUACUCAACGGCUCGAAGCCGCUGUCUCUGCGUGCGUAUUCUUCUUACCAAGAUGUUAAUACACCGACGACAGUGGAGCAUAUUGUUUUUGGGAUAGCUUCGAAUCAGAAAUCGUGGACGAAACGGAAGGAGUAUGUUAAGUUAUGGUGGAAGCCUAGUCAAAUGCGAGGAUGUUUGUUCCUUGAAAGCAUGCCUUCUAAUGCAACUUUAAUGGAUGUUGAUGAUGUUACUCUGCCUCCUAUAUGCAUUUCGGAGGAUACUUCGAGGUUUCGUUACACUUACAGGGGUGGUCUUAGAUCGGCGAUCCGUGUAGCACGUGUGGUUUCGGAGACAGUUGCUCUUAACUAUCCUAAUGUAAGGUGGUAUGUUUUUGGGGAUGAUGACACAGUUUUCUUUCCGGAGAACUUGGCAAAGACACUUUCUAAAUACGAUCAUCGGCUUUGGUACUACAUCGGGGCUGGCUCGGAGAUUUAUGAACAGAACAGGAUUUUCGGGUUCGGAAUGGCAUUCGGGGGAGCAGGCUUUGCUAUAAGUUACCCACUGGCUAAAGUUUUGGCUAAAGUUUUCGAUUCAUGUAUAGAACGCUAUCCUCAUCUCUACGGAAGUGAUUCCAGGGUCUACUCUUGCUUGACGGAGCUCGGUGUAGGCUUGACACGUGAACCCGGCUUUCAUCAGUUUGAUGUUCGGGGUAAUGCAUUCGGUCUAUUGGCUGCUCAUCCAUUGACACCAUUGGUAUCACUCCAUCACAUAGAUCAUAUAGACCCAAUAUUCCCUAAUAUGACAACAUCCAAGGCAAUGCAACAUUUACUCCAUGCAGCAAACGUUGAUCCUCAGCGGAUUUUGCAACAAACGGUCUGCUACGAUCGUUGGUCUUCAUGGACUGUUUCGGUUUCGUGGGGCUAUGCCAUUCAAGCAUACAGCAAACCUGUUUCUUUACCAGAUGUUCUCCCUGUGCCAGAAACAUUCAGGCAAUGGAAACGGGGAAAUGUGUUGGCAGGAGUGUACACAUUUAACACCAAAAAAUUCCACCCACACCCUUGCCAGAGACCCACAAUCUUCUAUUUAAACAGUGUAUCUUCUACCAAGCACGGAAUAAUCGAGACUGUUUACAAUAAAUCUCACGAAGAUUGCACGGUUUUCAUGGAUCCAACGCGGAAACUCGAAGAAAUCCGAGUUUUCACUAAGAAACUAGACCUUAACCACAAGCAGAUGCAGGCACCGAGAAGGCAUUGUUGUGACGUGUUACCGUCUAAAUCCGGCAAAGUUUUGGAUGUUGCGAUACGGGAAUGCGGUGAAGAUGAACUGAUUUACAUGCAUGCAUAGAUGUUUAAUUUCAGACGGUGUUAAUGGGUAUAUUCUUAAAUGUCAUAUGUUGCUGGCAUGCGGUGAAAGUUCAAAGUAUUGUAGUAUUUUUGAACUUGGCCUUAAUUCAUCAUUGAAUUCGAGCAGCUUGUGACUACGAA